AUGGCGGCAGCGGCGGCUACUGCGGCAACCAAGGGGAAUGGGGGCGGCGGUGGCCGGGCUGGGGCCGGCGAAGCCAGCGGCACGCGGAAGAAGAAGGGCCCGGGGCCUCUGGCCACGGCGUACCUGGUCAUCUACAAUGUAGUGAUGACUGCGGGGCUGCGCUUUAAUCUGAAAGGAAUUGUUCCAUCUUCUGUUGUCCUGACUUCUUUCCAGGUGAUGUCAAGGGUGUUUAUAAUAUGGGCAGUGACACAUAGCGUCAAAGAGGUACAGAGUGAAGACAGUGUCCUCCUGUUUGUUAUUGCGUGGACAAUCACAGAAAUUAUCCGUUACUCCUUUUAUACAUUCAGUCUAUUAAACCAUCUGCCUUAUCUCAUCAAAUGGGCCAGGUACACGCUUUUCAUCGUGCUGUACCCGAUGGGAGUGUCGGGAGAACUGCUCACAAUGUAUGCAGCCCUGCCCUUCGUCAGACAGGCCGGCCUAUACUCCAUCAGUUUACCCAACAAGUACAAUUUUUCCUUCGACUACUAUGCGUUCCUGAUCCUAAUAAUGAUCUCCUACAUUCCCAUUUUCCCCCAGUUGUACUUCCACAUGAUACAUCAGAGAAGAAAGGUCCUAUCUCAUACUGAAGAACACAAGAAAUUUGAAUAGUUCCUGCUUUCUGCACCUCCCCCCCCAAAACAAACUUUUCAAUGAUCAAAAAAUGCUGCAGACUUUUUGAGUUCCCAAUACGUUUCAUAGAAAAUAAGUAAGAACUAUUUUUAAAAUAUUUAAAAUAAAACAAAAACCAAAAUCCAGUGUCACAUGGGCCUGGGAUUUUCUAUUUAAAAAAGGCUGUUACAUAAAACAUCCUGGCCAGUCCAUUUCAGCAUGCUCUUUGUUUCAACCAGAAGUUCCCAAUAUUUAUGAUGGCACUAGAAAGAGAUUUGGCAUUUUAUAUCCUCCUGUGUCCUUCAUGUAUCUGAUAAAUAAAUAUCUGUAACACUAAAUACUUGAGAGUUACAGUCUGAGUAAUGAAGUUGUACCAACUGAAUGCCCAGCUUGCAGUAGAGUUAUGUUUCAGUCUGCAGUGUGUUUAGCAUUCCCUUUUCAAAGUGCUUGACUGCAUGCUGGAAACUAUUUGUAUUUUUGAAGCGGCAAACUUUGUUCUCUGGAAUGCUCUGAAGUUAUGGCUGGAACCUAUCCCCUCAUAUCUACUGAAUGAAUUAUAAAAUGUAUAUGCCUGUGAAGCUUUGAGAUAGUGCCCGUAAUCCAAAAACAUCUAGAACCC